AUGAUGACAAAGAGCAACGGAAAUGGCUUAAUAAGGUUACUCGUAUCCAUCAUGCUCCUGAAGUUUCUCAUUUCCAGUGCUACUGCCGAUAAUAAUGCCGAAUCCUCCUCAGCGUCAAUAUCAGAAGCCAUUAUGCUUGCAUCUGAUUCUUCAUCAGCAUCAGCAUCAGCAUCAGCAUCGUCACCUUCAGCUCUAAGAAAAAGGAAACAAAGGCUACAGCAAGCAUCUGCUUUGGGAAUGACAUCGGCUGGUGGUCAUGCUCAAUCUAAUGAGGCAUCCUCCUCCUCUUCCUCUGAUGCACAUCCUCUGCUGAAUCAUUCAAGAUCGCUCCAAAUCAUUGAAGGGGGAGAAAUAAUAUCUCCCCAGUGCAACUUUGCCAUACCUUUUGAUUUGGAUCGACACAAGAAACGUGAAUAUGUCGUCGGCGUUCUAGCCAUUCGAGGCUUUGAAGCCGCCCGGGCGGAUUACACCAAGAUCUUUGCGGACUAUUUGACGGCAUCGGCGGGACAACGAUUCGAUCCGCCCAUUACCUUCAAAAUGGAACCCCUCAACUUUGUAACUCUCUUUUCUUCUGUGGAAGAACGAACAGUGGAUUUCAUCUAUGCCAAUCCAUCGGCCUAUUCGUGCAUCGAAAGUGAGUAUGAGGCCCAUUCGUUGGCCUCCCAAGUCAGUUUAAGAAAGGUGGAUGGGAAUACCUAUACUCUCAAGAAAUUUGGGGGUGUCAUUGCCACCUUGCACAAUAGGACCGACAUUAAUUCCAUUGAUGAUUUGGUGGAUAAGAAGAUUGCGGCCGCUUCCAUUUCGGGGUUGGGAAGCGGGCAGAUGCAAUUCAAGGCCAUGGUAGACAGUGGCAUGAAUUAUUUGCAAGAUCCAAAGCAACUUAUCUUCACCAGUAAUCAGGGCAAGGUGGUCCAAGGUGUGUUGUCGGGGGAAUUCGAUGUCGGCUUUAUUCGAACGGACCAGUUGGAACGCAGCAGAGAUACCAAUGGCAACUUGGUGAAUCGGUCCUUAUUCAAAGUGAUUGAUCCAGUUCCCAACUUGGCCAUUGAUGGCGAAGCCUUUCCUUUUGAAUCGUCCACAGAAUUGUAUGCCGAAUGGAACAUUGCUAGUCUGACUCAUGUUUCCCCAGAUGUGGCACGAGAAGUCCAACGUGCCAUGUUGUCCGUUGGAUCCUACGGGCAACUGGGGGAUGAUAUUUUGGAAUGUUACGAGACCUUCAAUCAAACGUAUUGCGACAGUCAACCACUCACGUUUUAUGGCCAACCAGUCCAAUGCAACAGCAGUCGUGCCAAGGCACUAUUGGCCACCGAAGCAUUGACGAUUGGAAAAUUUGCUGGUUGGUCCACCACUUUGAGCUAUAUGCCAUUGCGAUCCAUGCAAGAAGCCACUGGAUUCAUUUCCAUGGAACCGGAAACCAAGAUUUGGAGGUGCAUCCGAUCGGCAGAGCUAUAUGACGCCAUUUCUUGUCCCGCUGGUUUCGAAAUCAGAAGUAAGGAAGAAGUUGAUAGGGGAUGCACCGAUGUUGGAUUGAGUUGCGGGGAAGGCUACCAGUGUGUCUGUCGGCCUUGUGUGGCGCCCUUUGAACUUGUUUGUGUCGAUUCGGUCAAGAUUGGGGACAAUUGCGUCAGCUUGGCCAUCUUUUUGCCGGUUGUCAUCAUUUCGUUGAUUACCCUCCUUGGAUGCAUUUCUACAGCAUAUUUGCGAUUCAAGAAGAGACAAAUGGAUUCCUUCUGGCUUAUCGACACUGUUGAUCUGACAUUUGAUGAUCCUCCCACCUGCGUUGGCGAAGGAAAGUUUGGACUUAUCUUGUUGGCAGAUUAUCGUGGUACCCAAGUGGCUGUGAAACGAGUGCUUCCACCAAGACGAGCGAAACGAAACAGGAGAAGAAGAAAGAAGCAAUACCCCUACAAGGAUACUGCAAUCACUGACAGUGUCGCAUCCAACGGUAGCUACGAUGCUAAGUAUUUCGAUGUUGAAAAUCCGGGACUACAGCAACAUAGACGGGGCGAAAGCAUGGUGGCAAAAGAUGGUGUCUUUCUCUGGUGGGGUAAAAACAACAACAAUACCACUUCCAGUGUCAAACGAGAUGCUGAAAUAGAGUAUGAAAAAGUCAAAAAGGAAUUUAUUCAUGAAAUUCGCUACUUGGCAAAAAUGCGACAUCCGAAUAUUUGCACCGUCAUGGGCGCGGCGUUGCCGUCGAAUCAGUCCGAGCCAAUGCUCGUCAUGGAAUAUAUGACGGAAGGCUCCUUGGCACAAGUACUCAACAACAAGGCGGUAUCUUUGGAACCAGAACAACUUCUUAGCAUGCUACAAGACGUUGCCCAAGGUCUACGCUUCCUUCACACUGCCAAGCCGAAAAUUAUUCACACCGAUUUGAAAGCAAAAAAUGUUUUGGUCGACUCGAACUUCAAAGCAAAGCUCUCCAAUAUUAGUCUUCCAUCCAUUUCCAAAUCUGAGGCAGUUGGUACACCUUUCUGGAUGGCUCCCGAGCUUCUCAGCGGAACCAGUGGGAACACGACGAAAUCUGACAUUUACAGUUAUGGAAUUCUUAUCUAUGAGGUAUACAGUGGGAGACAACCAUAUCAAGGCGAAAAUUAUGAAACCGUGGUCCGAGAUAUCUGCGACCCUGUGAUUCAGAAACGACCAACGGCUCCAGUGGACUGCCCUGACAAGGUCGCCUUGCUCAUGCAAGAAUGUCUGCAGCACCAACCUUUCAAAAGACCGGACGCGGAACAGCUCGAUCUUCACCUUCGCGUGGAACUUAAGGUCACAGAAAGAACAAGCCGGUUGGAAAAGCUGAAUGAAGAAUUGAAGGUGGCUAGCGAGCAUAUUGCUUCGGCAUCAGCCAUGCAACUGCAGCACUUUGCUGCAAUGAGUCACGAGAUUCGUACCCCAUUAAAUUGUAUCAUUGGCAUUUCGAGUUUGCUGGAAGAAUCGGACCUUGACCCAUCGCAAAAAGACAGUGUUGAUAUGAUUGUCAACAGUGGACGGUUGCUGAGAAGCAUUAUUGAUGACGUUUUGGAUUAUUCGAAAUUGGAAAGUGGGAAUGCCGAAACUUUGAUUGAACGAAUUGAUUUGCAAGAGACACUCGAUGUUGUUAUUCACAUGAUUAAGACCAACGAAGUCACGAAAGACAAGAAACUCAAGAUUCAGACCGUCUUUGACCCGUUGAUUCCUCGCCAUUUGGAAGCAGACAGUCGCCGAACCCAACAGAUUCUGUACAACUUGCUGGGAAAUGCCAUUAAGUUUAGUCGACCUGGGCAGUCCGUUCAAUUUGUGGCAGAAGUAGUGGAUCGUAGAAUUCUGCGUUAUACCAUUAAGGAUUUUGGAAAGGGGAUUGCUGAGAGUGAUUACAACAACAUCUUUAUACCCUUUCGUCAGACUGCCACGGGUCUUACAAACGUUGAAGGUGGCACCGGAUUGGGACUUGCGAUUACCAAGAAACUAGUGGAAGCACUGCAUGGUCGCAUAUCGGUAAAGAGUGUGUUGGGCCAAUGGACUGAAUUCACUGUGGACUUUCCGUUUAGCGAUCGAGUGGUCAGUAUGGAUGAGAUUACUUCCAAGUUGAAUGGGACUCAAGUUUUGAUCGUGGCGAAAAAGGAUAAUUUGGAUGCAAGAGAGGCACGUGACAUCUUUACACAGUACGGAAUCAAGUUCAAAUUCCUUCCAUCCAUGCACGAAAUGGGGAAUUUGAUAUUCGACGAGCAAGACGGGGAGAAGUCGUUUGUGUGCUUGUGCCAAGAAGACUUGUUCGAGCCCGACAAGAACAACAUUUUCGAGCCAUCGACCAAGUACAGUCUCAUUACCUUUGGUCCCAAGUUUUUGAUAAAGAAGACUCCAAAACACGUCCGAUGCAUUCUUGAGACGUUUCCAUCCGUCCUUGCCAUGAACAUCAUUGAGAGCAUUGAAUCACCGAGUGGGGAGGUGAACAGCAUCGAUGCCUCAGCUCGAUCGUUGAUGAGUGCUAGCGCACCGUGGGCGUCCCUUCGAGUUUUGGUGGCAGAAGACAAUCUAAUCAAUCAAAAGGUCAUGCGACGAAUGCUGGAGCGAUUGGAAGUUGAGGAUAUCACCAUUGUCGAUAAUGGGGAAAAGGCUGUCAAGAUCGAAGCGGAACAGCAGUUUGAUUUGGUUUUGAUGGACAUGCAAAUGCCUGUGAUGGAUGGCGUGGAAGCCUGCAAACAAAUCUGCAAGCGCGAGGGGGGCCACCGCCAUGCCAAGAUCAUCUUUGUUACGGCUCACGCGGCGGAUUCCUUCAAGAAAAAAUGCAUCGAAAAUGGAGCGAUUGGGUACAUUACCAAGCCCUGCACCAAACAUGAUGUCGAAGAAGUCUUGCGACAGGUCGUAUGGGCUUCUUCAUAG